ACAGAAAAUGACAGCAACAUCCAAUAGUGCGCCGUUGGCCGGUGGAUCAUUGUCUUCUUCAGCAACGGCACAGCCACCACAACCACCUCCAGGACAUCAACAGCAGCAUCCACUUCCUCAAAUCUACGAUUCGCAGAUGCAAUACUACUACGGAUCUUCCAUGCCCAAUCAGCCAAUUCCAACGUACACGGCACAAAACGGAGCACCUCAACAGUUCGGCACACCACCGUACUAUCAAGAUGCAAACGGACAAUUUGGACAGGUUCCCGCUCAACAGCAAAUGAUGACUGCUGGUCAUCCAUACUUUUAUAUGGCCCAGCCGCAGCAAGGAGGACAGCACGUUGCACAAUCUGGACAACCGCAGAUAUUUUAUUAUCAGCAACCAUUGGGUCAAAUGGCUCAACAAGCUGCUCCAAUGUACUUCCAUCCAAUGCAAGCUGCUUCUACUCCUAUGCUUUCUGAACAAAUGAGUAUGAUGCCACAAAUCCAGUCGACUAAUCCUCAACAGUCUGAACAACUGAGAAAAUCGGGUGCUCAAAUAAGCACCACGCGUACAGUUCCGUUGACUUCGUCGACUCCGCUCCCAACAAGUCGCGAAUACGAGACUGUCCAACGCGAUCGAAACAGGAAUAGCCAAUCAAGAUAUCAAUGUCCUAUUGAACAUGACGAUCUUCCCAUCGAUGAGAUCUCGAAGAUCACCAUCGACAAUCACAACGACGAUACCAUGAGUGCUGAGAAGGAAAAUCGUUUCAAUAAGAAUCGUGUUGAGAAAUUGGGUCGCCGUGGGUUCGCCAAACCAGAAGUUGACAGCCAACUGCCACACAACUUUAAGACUCGUCUUUGCAUGACGCACGCAGCUGGAAUUAAUCCUUGUGCAUUGGGUGCUCGGUGCAAGUUUGCUCAUGGGCUCAAAGAGCUCAGAGCUUCUGAUAUUCCGACUCGUUAUCCGAACAAUAAAUACAAAACUAAAUUGUGCAAGAAUUUUGCGCGUGGAGGAUCUGGAGUUUGCCCAUAUGGGCUUCGAUGCGAGUUUGUUCACCCAUCGGAUACGGAAUUCCAGAAUAUUCCUCCAUAUCAACGUAAGAUGGUCGAGGAACACGAUUCUAUUCCGGAAGAUUACGUUGUAGCUAGAUAUCAGCCACGAUUCAUGCAUACCAGUGGAAAGGCUACGACUCCAACGAAGGUCACCCUCAAGCAACGAAAUGUGGCUGGUUCCAUGAUGUGCCUCUCCAAUACUGGACGCGAUUUAGAGGCAGGAGGUGAUUUCAACCAUCCGGAAAUCAAUGAAAACGAUUUACCACCACACUUGAGACGGAUUCGCAGAGGCAAUCCACCUGUAACCAGAAGUCGUCCAUCUUUCAGUACGAAAUGGACAUCAGUGGAGAACCUCGGUCUGCGAGGACACUAUUAGGGCGUACUUUACCACUCCAGAUUGCUCACUCGUGUAUCAUUUCUGUACAAAAGCCAUUUCUUCUCAAAUUCCAAAAAUCCAUCCAUAGACUUACGCUCUGACCUCUAUCACACAAAUCUCUAAUCAAAAGACUUCUAAAAAUACUUUACUAAUUUAAAAGUAAUCCGGUCUCAGCUUUUUUUCAAAAUUUUUAUCAGCUUUCAUGUGAUUUUACCCCUUUUUCCCUUCAUCAUAGUUUAUCCUUAUCAUCAUUUUUUAUCAAGUUCCUCCAAUUGCCCGUUCAACAUUCCUGGUCCCAAAAUAGCUAGUCACUGCUAAUCUAAUAUAGAAUGUUGACAGCAGUCCCUUUACCCUCAAAUAUGUCAGCCAGCUUUUUAGCUGUUCAGCCGACAAUAUAUAGUUUAUUUUUUUCUUUCCCCAUUUUUGAUUUACCCACUGAGAGUCCUUCCGUAGAGAUUGUGCAAACUCCAAUAAAUUGUGCAAA